AUGGAGAGCGCGUACACUGCGAGCCCGUUGUUACUCCUGCCUCCAUCGAUCAAGUCAAAACCUACCCUACCCGAUAUGCCAUAUGAGAUUCUGAGCCACAUUAUCGCUCUAAGCCUCUCCAGUCCUCUAGUCAGCAUUGAGAUCAAAGGGCCAACUGGUCACUCCUUCCGCCCGUGGGCCGAGCUGUCGCCAUGUUUGCUGCUCUGUCGGCGGAUCGCAACCGUUGCCAGAGAGUACCUACAGCACCCUCGGCGUCAGAUCACCCUCACUCUCAGCUCAUUCGACGGCACACGCAAGUCAAGCUUCGACUACUGCUACCCCUUGCUCGAACAGAUUCUGAGCGCGCGCCUACUCACCCUUGAGAAUAAUCCGGCGGAAAUGUCCCUUGGUUUCGCGUAUUUACACCAUGAGAUGCGUAAGAUGGACCGCCGCACCACGCGCGAGGGAGUCAUAAUCGCCAACAACAUCCACCAGGCUUUGGACAUAAUAGAUGAGGAGCGCUAUACCAACGUGUGGGUAGAUGGCGGCGCUACGGUUUCCUCCUUCAUACGAAGGAAGCUGGUGUCCGAAAUGGUGCUGACAACAAUCCCGAUCGCCAUCGGCAAUGGCGUUCGCCUUUUCCAGGAUCUGAAGACAGACCUCAAGCUCGAUAUUGUAGCAAGCGAGGUCUUGGACGAGCUCCUGAUGACCAAGUAUCGCGUUCGUUAUGAUCCAUGA